AUGUACAAUUUUUAUUUAUAUUACGGAAAUUUCGUACUAAAAUCGGAUGAAAGUUCAUCUUUCAUGUGUUUCCUUACACGUCAUAUUCAGCUCAAAGAUCCGAGUAUAAAAGAUAUUGGAAAACGCUUACCUGCAAUCAUUGAGUCAGAAGAAAUCAAAUUUAAACCACAGAUACAAUUGAAAAUAUCUGUAAAUAUUUUAUGUUCAAAACAGGUUUUCCAAUAA